AUGGCACUCAGAUGCAAAAUUGCCACGGCGCUUCUGGCGCUCGUCACUGCUGCUUGUGCAUCCAUAUCACAAAGAACUCUCGUGCACGAGAGACGCAGUGCACAUCAUGAGGCCGAGUGGGCGAAGCGAGACCGCGUACCGGCGUCGCACUCGUUUGAAAUGAGAAUUGGGCUCAGGCAGCGAAACUUGCACCGUGGAUACGAAUUGCUCAUGGACGUGGCCGAUCCGGCCUCGGCAAAUUACGGAAGACACUGGACGCAGGACGAAAUCGCCGGCAUGUUUUCCCCGUCGGCGGAAACGGUCAACCUGGCGAAAGAUUGGGUCGUGGCCUCUGGCAUCGAGACGGCGCGGAUUGCACAUGGUGCAAGUGGUGGGUGGCUCGUCUUUAAUGCCACUGUCGACGAGGCCGAGAAGCUCUUGGGUGCCAGCUACUGGCUAUAUGAAAAUGAUGAUGGUCAAGUAAUGGCCGGAUGUGAUGAAUAUCGCAUUCCAGCCCAACUUGCGGAACACAUUGACUUUGUCUAUCCUGGCGUGGUCAUGGCCGAGAGCAGAACAAGUCCGAGGCCGAGGCGAAAUCGCCGAAGCGUGAAAAGGUCAGAGCCAACCAACAUGGCGAAUAAGCGACAGGACUCCACGUCCUGUGCAGAGGUGGUUACUCCUGAUUGUAUCGCUAAUCUCUACGAGAUCCCGCCCGCCGACAAGGCACACCCCAACAACUCGUUUGGACUUUACGAGAGAGAAUGCUGGUACCAAGAUGAAGACCUCGAUCUCUUCUUCAGCAACUACGCACCAGAUAUCCCUGUGGGCACUCGACCGCUGAAUCUGAGUAUCGACCUGGCCGUCUGGCAUUACAACGAGAGCGACACGAGCAUUAGUAUCCCGUCUGAAGCCGACCUGGACACAGAGGUGGCUUAUCCGAUCGUAUACCCACAGAAUAUCACUGUAUAUCAGGUUGAUGAUGAGUACUACCACUUGUACCAAGUACAAUAUACCGGCUUGUUCAACACUUUCCUGGAUGCCAUUGAUGGCUCGUACUGCAACUACUCGGCGUACAACGAGACGGGCGAUGAUCCGACUUAUGACGCUGUAUACCCCGAUACCCAUACCGUCGUGACCCCGACCAACCCUGAGCCAUUUGACCCGGGUACCUACAAGGGCGAACGGAUGUGCGGUGUAUACAAGCCCACCAAUGUCAUCUCCAUGUCCUGGGGCAAGGCAGAAAGGAGCUUCAGUGUCAAUUAUCAGAUGCGCCAGUGUGAUGAGUUCAUGAAGCUCGGCCUUCAGGGAGUCACUGUUGUCGCUUCUUCGGGAGACAGCGGCCCCAUUGCGAGUUUGCAGUGUGCCACUCUUGAUCUUGGUACCUUUUGGGCAUCAAGUCCCGGCAACUGUCCAUAUGUCACCUCGGUGGGAGCCACCAUGCUGCAAGCAGACGGCAGCGAGAGAGUAGCCAGGGACGACACGUGGGCCUCGUCCGGCGGCUUCUCCCGGUACUAUACCGCGCCGGCAUAUCAGCAGUCUGCGCUCGCCACCUACUUUGCUGACCACGACCCGGGCUUUGGCGACUCCUACUUCAACCGUUCUGGCCGCGGGAUCCCGGACAUUUCUGCCGUGGGCUACAACAUUGCCGUGGCCGUGGCCGGAGAGCUCGGCACCGCGGACGGGACGUCGGCGUCCACGCCGCUCGUGGGCGCCAUGAUCAACCGCGUCAACGAGGAGAGGCUCGCCAUUGGCAAGGGCCCCGUGGGUUUCAUCAAUCCGGUUCUCUACGCCAACCCGACCAUCUUCAAUGACAUCACCAUAGGCAACAACUCGGCGUGCCGGGUGACCGGGUUCCAGGCGGUUGAAGGCUGGGAUCCCACGACCGGCUUGGGCACUGUGCAAUAUCCCAAGCUGUUGGAAAUCUUCAUGGAUCUGCCGUAG